AUGACUGGCAAAAACACAGCUCCAGCUGCAGAGCCAGCUCCAGCAGCCCCGAAGGAAGAACCAGCACCAGCCUCAGCAGUGGAACAGCCCCUGGCCCCUGAGCAGCCUCCUGCCACGGAACAGCCCACGGCCCCUGCUGAUAAACCAGCUUCUAGCCCAACAGCAGAAGCAACUCCAGCACCCGAAGAAGGCUCCUUGGCUCCCCCAGCUGAACCCCAAGCCCCAGCCACUGAACCCGAACCUAAGAAGCCUAAAGCAGAGCCACCCAGCUCCCCCUUGUCCUUGGCCGUGGAAGAAGUGAGUGAAAAUUCGGUUACGCUGACCUGGAAAGCCCCGGAGCAGACAAGCUGCUUGGGUCUGGAUGGAUACGUGGUGGAGUUCUGCAAAGAUGGAAGUACAGACUGGAUCGCUGCAAACCAGGAGCCUUUUCUUUCCAUGCGGUACACAAUCCAGAACCUUAGCUCUGGAGAGAAGAUCCAUGUCCGUGUGAAGGCAGUGAAUGCCAGCGGAGCUAGCGUCCCAGCCACAUUGGAGCAGCCAGUCCUCAUCAGAGAGAUCCUCCAGCUCCCAAAGAUCCGUGUGCCCCGUCACCUGCGGCAGACUUACAUCAGGCGUGUUGGGGAAGCUGUGAACCUGAUGAUCCCUUUCCAGGGAAAACCACAGCCCCAAGUGAUCUGGACCAAGGGUGGCCAGUCCCUAGACACCAAGCGCAUCAAUAUCCGCAAUGGGGAGAAGGACACAAUCUUUUUCAUCCGUGAGGCGCAGCGCAGUGACUCUGGCAAGUACCACCUCACCAUCCGGAUAAAUGGAGCAGAGGACAAAGCCACCAUGGACAUCCAAGUGAUUGAGCCACCAGGCCCCCCCCAGAACCUGAAGCUGGUGGAUGUAUGGGGCUUUAAUGUGGCCCUGGAGUGGACCCCCCCGGCAGACAACGGGAACUCCGAGAUCAAAGGCUACCUGGUGCAGAAGUCAGACAAGAAGAGCGGGAAAUGGUUCACGGUGCUGGAGCGCUGCACCCGCACCAGCUGCACCAUCUCCGACCUCAUCAUGGGCAAUACCUAUUCCUUCCGGGUGUUUGCAGAGAACGCCAGUGGGCUGAGUGAGAAAGCAGCCGUCACCUCCAGCACAGCCCACAUCAAAAAGACAAAAACUGUUUACCAGCCUGAGAAGAUCCCCCAGCGAGACAUGAUGGAGCCUCCAAAGUUCACCCAGCCCCUGACAGAUCGAACCACCACCAGGGGCUACAGCACACACCUCUUCUGCUCUGUCCGAGGCUUCCCCCAGCCCAAAAUCAUCUGGAUGAAAAAUCAGAUGGAAAUACGGGAAGACCCCAAGUACAUAGCAAUGACUGAGCACGGUGUCUGCUCCCUGGAAAUUCGCAAGCCUAGCCCUUUUGAUGGGGGCAUCUACACCUGCAAAGCUGUGAACCCCUUAGGGGAAGCCUCAGUAGACUGCAAACUUGAUGUGAAAGUGGCAUGA